UUAACCAAGUCUUUGCGCCGGGAUUUAGAGCAGUCUUCAAGAGAACACCGACGCCUGCACUUAUACACACUCACACACGCGGGUACACACACUCAGAGACACACACACACACUCACACACGCACGCACGCGCGGAUACACACACGCAGACACAAACACACACACACACGUCCACGAUGGCAGUGUAAACUUCAGGUCUGUAGAGAGUCAGGAUACGGCGCUAUGACUGGAGUAUUCGACAGAAGGAUUCCUAGUUUCAAGCCUACAGAUUUCCAGAACGCGUUUCAGCUCUCCGCCGCCAUGCAUCACCCGUCUCAGGAAUCUCCCACUCUUCCCGAGUCUACAUCCACGGAUUCGGGUUACUACAGCCCCGCCGGAGGGGUUCACCACGGCUACUGUUCACCCAACUCCAGCUCGUAUGGGAAACCUCUGAAUAGCUACCCGUACCAGUACCACGGAACCAAUGGAGCUGCUGCUGGAAACUAUUCCGCAAAAUCUUACCCUGAUUAUGGCUCUUACCCGACUUCUGCCUACCAUCAUCAAUAUCCUGGAACCUACAGCAGAGUGCAAUCACAGCCCAGCCCGCCAGAGAAAGAGACUGUCGAGCCAGAAAUAAGAAUGGUCAAUGGAAAACCGAAGAAAGUCCGCAAACCGCGCACAAUUUACUCCAGUUUCCAGCUGGCGGCUUUGCAGAGGCGCUUUCAGAACACGCAGUACCUCGCGCUGCCGGAGAGAGCCGAGCUCGCCGCGUCCCUGGGGCUCACACAAACCCAGGUGAAAAUCUGGUUCCAGAACAAAAGAUCUAAACUGAAGAAAAUCAUGAAGAACGGGGAUCUGCCUCCACCGGAGCACAGCCCCAGUUCCAGUGACCCGAUGGCGUGUAACUCUCCUCAGUCUCCAGCUGUGUGGGACUCACAGGCUCCUUCCAGACCUCACCACCAAGCCCAAAAUAUCAACACAGCCACCUCCUCGUUUUUGGAAAACACCGGCUCUUGGUUUUCCUCUGCCGGCCCUGUGAAUUCUCAUCUCCAGGCGCCCAAUUCAUUACAGCACUCUCUGGCUCUCGGAUCAGGAACGUUGUACUGAAAUGUGUGUUAAUACUCGGUUGUAUCGGACUGAUGUUUUAAAAAAAAAAAUUCCCCUUUUUCUGAAGAAUAUGCAAUGUACUGAAUUGACAGUCGCAGAAAAAAAAAACGAAGGUGUAUAAUGUGUAAAUGUGUGCAUGUAAUUUAUUUGCAUUUGGAAGACUUAUUAAAUGUUUUUCAUGGACUACAGAAACCACACAUUCUCAAUGGUGCCUUAAAUUGAAACCUCAACGCUUUUGUCAUACAUGGACGUGCCAUAUAAGAGCAACGUACAAUAAAUAUAGGAAUUACUUGUUUUUUUUGGCUUUAAA